CAUUAUGGCGGCUGUCAUUUGAUUAAGAGGCAACAGCAUGGACAUUUCGCCGACUCAAGCGAUCAUGGAACGACAAAACAUGGACAUGGAUUCAAAUUCACAAUUUGUUAAUAUCAGAGACCUUCCAGAGGAGAUUUUAGAAUACAUGCUACGAUAUUUAUCUCCGUAUAAGGAUUUAAAAUCAGCAAUGCUGGUUUGUCACCAGUGGCAUCGACUAGUUCAAGGUGUGCUGCACCAGAUGUACCAGGACUUCCUACACAGUCUGUGGGACUGUAAGGUCAGCUGGACGGAGAUCCUCCCCGAGGUCGGCUCCAACAUCACAGAGCGCUACUCACACUGUGCUUGCUACUACGACAAAUCAGCCUACAUCUUUGGUGGCUGUACUUCUACAAAUACUACCUUCAAUGACCUUUGGAGGUUUGACCUUUCAACCAGACAAUGGGUUCGGCCACUAGCCAUAGGCACAUAUCCGUCACCAAAGGCAUGUUCCAGCAUGACAGUCUACAAAGACAGCCUAGUUCUCUUUGGUGGCUGGAGCCAUCCUACUCCUUAUCCUUUGCAUCAGGCUGCACGGUUUUUCUCUGAGCUGCACAUGUACAAGCCGGAGACAAACAGGUGGUUUCACAUCACAACCAUGUCCCCUACUAGUCCAAAGCCGACGGCUGGUCACUCAGCAUCUGUAGUUAGCGACACCAUGGUCGUGUUCGGAGGCUCACAUGUUCCUGGAGCUGGGACGAAUGAAGUGUGGGUGUUUGACUUCGUUGAAAUAUUGUGGAAAAAGAAGCAGACUGGGAGUAAAAAACCUAGUCCACGAUAUGGCCAAACUCAAAUGACCAUAGAUGACUCACACAUUCUGAUCAUUGGAGGAUGUGGCGGACCAAACCAGAUCUUCAGUGAUGUCUGGCUUCUCUCCCUUGACUGUGAACCCUGGCAAUGGCAGCAGAUUUAUGUGAUACAGCCAGAAAAUGCUGCUCCCCAACUGUGGUGUCACCCAGCCUGUAAGGUUGGAGAUAUGAUAGUAGUCCUGAGUAAGCCCAAUAAACCGCUACAGUCCUCCAAGGAUAAUACCCGGGAAAAUCAGGCCACAAUGCGUCCUACCUUCAGGGGAAACCGAGUGUGGGUCCCUCCAAGGGGAGAUAAUUCACAACAAGCCUCACCCUCAGAAAAUCGCAAUAGGGCCCGGCCCAUGCUUGUAUCAGACAGUGAUGAUAGUUCUGGUGCAGAGAGUGAGGAUAACAUGCCAAGUCAGGGAGGUCAAAGACCAGAGUUCAAACAUCCCUCAUAUUUACAGCUAAGGUCAUCAAGGUCAAGAGGUCAGCUGAAUCAAUCUCCUAGAGCAAAAGGGGGUCACUUGUCACCUAACAGACUUCAAGGUCAGGGACCUAUUCCAAGCGGAAUGAUAGGAGAUGCUGCUGAGCCUGGGCCUUCAGAGGAGGGGGCAUGUGGAGGCACAUCUAGUCUGAGGCCAGGGGAGCCCUCGGUACGUCCUAAUGCUAUGAAAAAUAGACAAAGACAAUUAGAGGCACUGAGGAAGUUUGAGGAAAAAUUGCGAGAGAGUCGCAUUGGACAGUCAUCCUCAUCUGGAAGGGGACAAGGGAAUGUGUCUUCAGGCGUAGGGGGAGGCAGCACCGCUAACUCUCGUGAUAAUCGUGUUGCCAUGCAUUUACAUGUUCUGGACAUAAGUGAUGUGAUCAAGACAAAGUCAGCCACAUGGCGGCCUAUCAAUGAAAACAUUUCUGUUAAUGCUCCCGAGGAAACAAUAUUCUACUCGCUGGUAAAAGGUCGAGGAGAACUGAUUGUCUUCGGUGGUAUUCAGCGGGACAUCCAGUCCAUGCAGCGUGGUAUGGAUGUUAAACCACAAGUUGUUAGUAACAGUCUCUAUAUCGUUUCUCCUCGUAAGCUGUAUUUAUAACUAGAGGAAAGUGUUUAUCGUCUCGCUAACAUUACAUACCGCCAGACUAUACUGCGGAAUUCUGACACCGGGGCAAUUCUGAUUUGAUUAGAGUUACUAGCUGAACCACAGAUGUUCUACAGCAAAAAAAGAAAUUUGCAACUGUGUGCUUACCCUUCAAACUGAGUUGGGGCUUGUUACUAGUGUUCAUUUAUAAGCUCUGCCUUCAGUGCGGUCCAAGUGUGUUCGUUUAUCAUGGAAUGUUUCUGCGCCAGAUAUAUAAAUGCAACCUUAAUUCUUGAUUUUCUUGAUCAGAUUAUUCUGACAUAAGUCAUUUGUAAAUUAUUGUAUUGUUAUGCUUCCAAUGCGUUCAUAAUUUUUUGACAGCAUUCAUUGAUAUGUACAAUAUUUUACCGUUUUGUGACACAAGAAGUGAGAAUAAACAAUCUCCCAGUCUUACUUGUUAAAAGCAUAUCCAUACUGAAAUUAAUUUAGCUUAAAUUUUAAGAAGGGUUUUUUUUGUGUUUAACAUGAUGAUACAAAUCUUUUAUGAGGUCACCAAUUUUUCACAAAAAUGACAGCAGGUAUUUGUAUAAUAGAUGUCCCAAUUUUAUGAUUUAUGUAAGAUUCUCUUGAUUUAGUAACUCUCCCUGUGCAUGGAACACUGUGGCUAAAGUAGGUAAAUUUUGUACCGACAAUGUACAGUAGAUUUUGCUUAAUGUCACUUCUCAUUUGUCAGAGGAAAGUGUGAUAUUAACCAUACAUCCUUAUAGUAGAUAUGAUACAUGCCUAGUCCUAGCGUCUAUAAUAGCUAGUCCUAAGUUUUGUGUUUUGUCUGGUUAAGAAGCCUGGAGUGUUAUUAUGAACAAUUACAAUUAUUGUUUUUAGAAUUUAAUUGUUUUACUUUAUGCCAAAUGUUAAUUGAUUAUUUAUAUUUUACAAGAGCAAGUAAAUGUAUGUAGUCAACAGCUUUUCUUAAAAUAGCAACAUUGUCAUUUGUAAAUUGUUGGCUAUGUUUUCUGCAGGAAUAUUGAUUAUGAUACAUUGCUAUAAUUGGUAUAUAUACUCACAGCAAAACACUUUUUGUGUUUUGAAAAAAAUAUUUCGUAUCAUUAGUGUACACAGUUCAAUUUGAUAAAAAUUAAAAUUGUGUGUCAUCAUUUAGAUACUGGUGCAUGUGUGUAGACACAAAAAGUCAAACAAAGCUACUCUAAUUGAUGUAAGGUUUUAAGUCUUUUGGCUAAAAAUAGCUGAUUAUUUUUAAUGUCUAACUUCAGGUGUAAUAUCACUUAUUUCCAGUUACCUAGUAAGUGCCAUAUAAGAAGUUUCACAAAUACGCUUCCUCAUUUAAAUUUCACGACUUUUUGAAGAGUGGUAUCAGUCAAUCAUGAAAGGGAUAUACAGAUGUACCCAGGAUAAUCCCCUGCGACUAAUAUCCAAACGUUCAGAUAGAAUUUUUGGUAUCAUGUGCAUAUUUGUUUGGGUAACGAUAGGCCAAUAUUUUCCAGACAAAGUGCUUGAUGCAUGUAUGGCCCUAUUAUACGAUAAUCGGUGAAAUAUAAUUAUGUUACUGGGUUUUGAUAUAAUGUCUAUUGUUGAUGUUUGUAGUCGGUGAAUAUAUCUUAAUCAUUUUGUUGACAUGUUCUAUCGACGCUUGUCCUGAUAAGUGACACCGUUAUGUUCAUAACACAUUCAUAACAGACAUACAUGUACUUUAUUAUCAAGCUGGUCAGUAUUUAAUACCUCAUCCAACUUUCAUAGUUAAAAGACUCGUGGACAUGGGAGUAUAGUAUAUCUAAUCCAAUCAAUUACAACUAUCAUCAUUACAACCUUUAUGUUUGUGAUUGAACACAGAAAGGGAGCAUGCCAACUUCUUCAUUUAAGUUUUGAUAGAUACUUGGACUGACACAUUUAAAUUUUGAUAGGUACUUGGACUGACACAUCUAAGUUUUGAUAGGUACUUGGACUGACACAUCUAAGUUUUGAUAGGUACUUGGACUGACACAUCUAAGUUUUGAUAGGUACUUGGACUGACACAUCUAAGUUUUGAUAGGUACUUGGACUGACACAUCUAAGUUUUGAUAGGUACUUGGACUGACACAUCUAAGUUUUGAUAGGUACUUGGACUGACACAUCUAAGUUUUGAUAGGUACUUGGACUGACACAUCUAAGUUUUGAUAGGUACUUGGACUGACACAUUAAAAAGGAACAGUUAUAGCAACUUCUGCCCGGUAUAUGUACUGCACUUUUUAUGGUGAAAUCUGACAAAAAAAUGGCUAUUCGGACUCGGAUGGUUAUAUCACAGGCAUUUUCAAGUGUGCUGUGACCCAUAUCAGUAUAUAGUAUAUGUGUAUUUCAGACAUUUGUAAUGAACCCCUAUGUUUAUACACAUACCCCGGUUUAUAACUUCAUGGUACCAUCACACCCACUGGCUAUGAUGUCAGUACUGUAACAUUGUACUGUGCAACUGACAUAAAGUUGAAUAGAUUCAACCAAAGCUCACAUCAAGUCAUCAGAAUGACUAAGGAUCACAUUUGUUGAUAAACAUCAAAUGAAUUACUAUUCUGAUCUUGAUAUAACACGGAGUUGCAAAUUCAACCUUUCAAACUUUCGUAUCGGAGAAACUGUGUAUACAUAUUUGGAAAAAGUACUCAAAACGAUUCAAUUUGGUAAAAUAAAAUGCCAUAGUUUUAUCUGUUUUAUAGAUUGACUUGAUUGAAUUUGAGCAAAGAGCAAGAUGUAGUCAGAGUUCUGCUCGUGUCAAAAAGAGAAAAAUGAUGGUGAAAAAAUCCCUCUGAAGUACUGUAUAGUGGUUAUAUUUUGUGUGGGUUUUGAUUUCGCUAUAUUCGCACUUGGACUAAUAUCCGCGAAUUCUAAACACUAAACAAAAUUCUUUGCACAACACAUGGGAUUCGCUUGCACAUGCAGCGAAAUUUAACCCCCGCAAAUAAUUGACUCCGCAAAUUUAAAGCACUAUACAGUAUGCGGACUUAGCAAGUAUGAUAACUUAUACUUGAUAUAAUGUAACUUUACACACAACCAUAAUAUGAAUACAUAUAAAUGUGCUGAUAAAUGAAUUAUAGUUCUGUCAUUGAUGUACAUGUUACUGCUAAGUUUACAUCAAGGGUCAUUAUGACCUGUAAUUGUGUAAUUAGAUAGUACUUGCUAACCUUUUGAUAUUUCCAUUAAUUAUUAAAAUUUGAUCCCGUUGACUCUUAGGUUUCAUACACCAUGACGUUUAUCGGAAAAGCUGAAACUAGAAACAGGUUUCCACUAUUCCGUCUUUGCGUAUUGCAGAGUUAUCUUUUCUUGGGAGCAGGGAUUGAUUGUUACGUCAAUUGUUUG